CCUAUGAAUAUUGUUGUGCAUGCAUCACCUGACCUGUCACUGUGAGAGCUGUGAGUCUAUAGCUGUUUUUGCCAAGCUUUGAGCUUUUCUUUCUACUACUAAACACUUUUCUAAAGUUUUGUGUCAAUGGCUGAGAGGCCGAGUGCUGCUCAAGAAGCUCUCUCCAAAGUGGAGGACCAGCUGUCAUGCCUAGUCUGUCUGGAGCCCUACACCAACCCUCGACUGCUCUCCUGUUUCCACGUCUACUGUCAACAUUGUCUCGAGGAUUUAGUUGCCCACAAUCGACAAGGCCAGCUGGAAUGCCCCAAGUGUCGCCGGCCCACCCCCCUACCCACUGGUGUGAGUGGCCUCCAGGCUGCCUUCCAUGUACACCAUCUCUUUGACAUCCAGGAAACACUCAAGAAGGUGAAAGAGCCUCAGAAAUUGGCCUGUGAGAAAUGCUCCAAAACGACUCGUAAAGCCACCAGCUUUUGCCGACAAUGCACCAAGUUCAUCUGCGAUCUGUGUACGAACAUACACAAAGAAUACAAGGAGUUCGAAGGUCACGAAGUCGUUACUAUCGAAAAAGUAGAGGGAGAUUUGAUUCGCUUGGUCUCCCCAAAGAAGACGUCCCCUCGCUGCCCUAAACACGACGAAAAUAUGAAACUUUAUUGCGAACCUUGUGGGGAGUUGAUCUGUAUCCAUUGCACCGUCCAAAUACACAAAGACCACAAGUACUGUGUGAUUGCCGACACCUUUGAGAGCCACAAGAAAGAGAUCCUGGACUCCCUGGGACCCGUUGAGAAACAGCUAGAGGCCACCGACACAGCUCUCAUCAAUCUGGAUGGACGACAUGCCGAAAUUGUUGAACACGGAGGAAAAAUUGCGACCAAUAUCCACUCGAAAUUCGAUGAACUCCAUCAAGCCCUGUAUGCUCGUGAGGGGGAGCUUAUGGCGGAGUUGGAAGGCCACACCCAACAACAGCUCAAGAGCCUCUCUGCUCAGCGAGAGGAGGUGGAGAUCCUCCAAACCCAACGUAGCAGCUGCCUGCAUUUCGUGAGGGAGAGCAUUCGUACCGGGUCUCCAGGAGACGUGCUGAAGAUGAAGCAAGGUGUGGUGAACCAAGUGAGAGAGCUGGUGGACACCUUUGACCCCAACACCCUAGAGCCUCGUGAGACAACCAACACCUGUUUUGUGCCUUCUGCUCAGCUAGUCAAAGAUUGCAAAGAAUUUGGAGCCAUUGGCAUACCAUCAGUAACUGUCACCCCUACAAAAAGACUCGACAAAACCAGAGUACAAGGAACCACUAGUCUUCGAUUUACAAACACAAAUCAUCAACUGAUCCAAAUUCCAUCCUUGAACAUUAAAGCCGAACUUAUAUCGAAAUCAACGAAUCAGACGACAAACUGUGUUGUGAAGGAACGAGGGAAGGGAGAGUACGAGAUCUCCUACCAGCCGACAGUGGGCGGGGCCAGCGAGCUGAUCGUGAGAGUGGGUGGAGAGGAUGUGGCAGGAAGUCCAUUCCCUGUGGCAGUCAAGACUCCGAUCGAUAAACUAGGAACUGUUAUCAAGACUAUCAAUGAUCUCAAGUCACCUUAUGGAGUGGCACUCAACCAAGCCGGGGAGAUAAUUGUGGCUGAACACGAUGCUGGUAUUGUCUCGAUAUUUAGCCCCACAGGAGACAAGCUGCGAACAUUAGACACUCGAGGCACAGCUGUUGGGGAGAUGAAGUAUCCUCAUUGUGUGGCAGUGGACGGUGAUGACAAUAUUCUGGUGGUGCAUCGUGGUAAUCAUCAACUGUUGAAAUUCUCACGUGGAGGAGACCUGAUAGCAGCAGUUGGUAGUCGUGGCGAUGGUCCAGGACAGUUUAACAAUCCGAUUGGUGUUUGUGUCAACAGUGUCAAUGGGAAGGUGUAUGUGACUGAUAUCUAUGCUCACUGUCUUCACAUCUUCAACUCUGACCUCACAUUCUCCAGCAAGUUCGGCAGUAAAGGCAGGGGUAAUGGACUGUUUAACUCUCCCUAUGUCGUUGCAUCUGAUCGUAGUGGUUGUGUGUAUGUGGUUGAAUAUUAUAAUGCUCGAGUGCAAGUCUUCACACCUGAUGGUGGCUAUCUGAGGCAGUUUGUGAUGAGAGGCAGUGGAAAUGGAGAACUUAACGAGCCUGUCAGCAUCUGUGUGGACAGUGAUGAUCUGGUGUAUGUGGGUGAGAGUGGGAACAAUCGUGUCUCAGUGUUCACGUGUGAGGGAGUGUUUCUCAAAUCGUUUGGAUCACAGGGAUCUGGACCAGGACAGUUCAAGCAUCCUCUUGGCAUAGUAGUAGACCAGUGUGGUGUGGUGUAUGUGUCUGAUAUUGACAACAAUAGAGUGCAAAUGUUUUCCUAGUUUAUUUUUGUUAUUAAAUUGUUGAGUUAUUUUAACAUUGAUAAUGAAUAUUGAAAUUGAAACCAGUGAAUUCUUUGCCCAUGCUGUCCCUGUGUACGUGUGUACUGAGUCUCUCCUGUUAUAGUCGUACCUUUAGUAUCGUACCUCACUCCACCCCCUCCGCUGCAGGGUCUCCAUGGUGACAUGGUGCUGGUGGCGGGCGUCAACACUGGUACGACCAAGGACAAUGUCCGUCUGAUUCAACUAUCAGCUAUUCCUGGCACUUCAGGAUUCAUCACCAGGGCAUGUAUGACAACAGGCACGGGAGAAGGCGUGGCAGCUAGGGGGUGGAGCCUGAUAUCAUCAAGCUACUAGUCAUUGAGAACAUGAUGCUACAACCCUCCAUGGAUAUAUGUACAAUCUGCCACGUACUGUCCUUUGUCGAGUAUCGGGUGGAGAGGCGGAAGCAUGGGAGGUCAGAGGUCAUCACCAUACCAUCAGAGCAAUAUUCAUUGGAGCUGACCAAUACAACAGUGCAGAGACUCCACCCAUAGAGGUCAAGGGUCACCGAAGUGGUGGUGGGCUACACUGAAGCCAUCCUACAAGACAUCAACAUGUUACACACUCCAUCAGCCUCUAAACCAAGUGCUGGAAUACACGUCGUCCCUCCUCAUCACCUUGAUUUCUCCAUCGCCCCUGGCAACAACUGGAUGUUGGAGGUGGGUAGAGACUAGUCUCGCAAGCAGACUUGUCCUAGAGUUCCUUCACAGCCAGGAAAAUAUACGAGGUGUUACCCGCCCACUAUGAUGUGGACAAAUCUGAUUGGCACUGCCAACAUUCUGGCAGGGGUCCACGGAAUUGCUGCAAUAGUGACCAGACGUUCCCUCCCUCCCACGUCUGCUCGCGAGACUAGGUAGAGACUACGCCAUCACUGUGAAUGUGUUUGACAAAAUGAACCACAAGAUUAUCAUCACUGAGAAUCUUUUGUGCCUGCCGAGCCUGUUUCCAUGACAAUACGACCAGUGAUUGGUCAUAUGCCAGACUGCCCUCUAUUGACUCAGACCAACAAUCACAAUAUUCAGCUCCUAGUAUAUACACUGAGAAUGAGGAGGUGGGCAAGUAUGAGAUCAUGGAUGGUGCUCCAGUGAGGGGGGAGUCCAUCCCCAUCCGUCUGUUCCUGGCAGGCUAUGACCUCACUCCCACUAUGAGGGACAUUAACAAGAAGUUCAGUGUCCGCUAUUACCUUAACCUCGUGUUGGUGGAUGAGGAGGAGGAGAUACUUCAAACAGCAGCUCCCUGAGUGUCAAUUUCUUUCUUUCUCUCCUCCUUUGCAAUCCACCAGAACUGACGUCUAAUGAAAUACUGCUCUUCAAUCACCCUCUAAACAAGGACGCCCUCACUAUAACCCACGGCUCUGAUUAUUCCUGAUAAUGUCAUUGAGUUACUUGACUGUUUGCAGCACCCAGACACUGGUGAGGUUCAUGACCUCCCGACCCUCAUAACCAAGCACCAGGUGGUGGAGAUCAACGACCUAGUGCAAGUGACCCCCAAAAACCUCGUCAUUCUCUGGGACCCCCAAACAGAGUUCAAAUACCAUCACCAAUUGAAUGUGAGUGUGCUAGCUAGCUUGUUGAGAGCUAAACCUGUGUAGGGUACCAGCUACAUAGGCUUGUACAUGGCUUGUAAUAAUAAUUACCGUAUAGCGAGUAAUUUACGUGAGGUAGAAAUGUUCGUAUUUUUCGUAUUGUAGAGCAUCAUACAAAAAUGAAAACUGCUCUACCGCUAUAGGUUCAACGUCACUAUCCUGAGCUGUACCAAUAUUUAGAGUACAAAGUGUACGUCAGAACAGUUCAUACGAACAUUUGCAUCAAAGAAAAGUGAAGUAGACAGUUGUAUAAUUCCGAUUUUUUUAUAUCAGGUGACUGAAUGGUCUUGUGAGGUGGAGGGGAUUGCUCACCACUAGGACCAAGGGGAAGUCCCUAGUGGUAGCCAUGGUUACCAAAAACACGGCUCACUUUGAUAAGCAGAGCCACGGGGCAGACACUGCGUUGUGACGUAUUUGUAGCCUCAAUUGAGCGUAUUGAGAUCACAACUCGUACGAGGGAGCUGCUGUUGGGGGAGGAGCCGAACGUUUCAGUGUGCAGGCUUUUGACGAGGAAGUCUCGUGCAUGGACAAAGAUGAUGUGUACAGUUUUGGAGUGCUUGCUUGUGAAGUGGUGAAUGUCAGAUUUCCUGAAGCUGCUGUAUUUCUUGGUCUGCUAUCUAGUAUGGAAGGUGUAUGGCGGGAGCUCCACCCACUCAUCACCUCCUGUGUCUCUCACUCCCCUCAGGACAGCCCCUCCAUGAACACUGUGCUACACCACAUCAAACAAUUGGACUCUGAGUCUUAGCAUUGGUGCAUGAGUGUGUUAUUAUUAAUUUAUGUAAAGAAAUUUUGUUAGCUUAUUC